AUGUCAGAACUACCGCCCCGCUAUCGUCGUCCAAGUGAAAUGAGUGAUGACACUCUGCCUCCAUUCAGCCCAACAAAUUCAUCCCUGUCACGACGCUGGCUGUUACGACAAGAUUCUGCUACGUCUGAUGCUUCAGAAGCUCCAAGCUACCAUCCAGCAUCUCCAUCGCAUCCAGUUGCAGAGAGAGAGUCCUCGGUCUCGAAACCCAAGGGACAUGUCAACUGGUCUGCUGAACCAGAUUUGAUUGAGGAGCAUCCUCCUACUCCUGCUGAAUUCAUUCCUUUACGAGUUAAAACUGGUGAUUUCGAAAAGGCGGGUAGGGGUGGCGGUGAUGUUUCGGGAGGUAGUGAUUGUGAAGUCGAGAAUGACAAUGCUGAAGACUCGAACACUUUGAAACCAACUAUGGGAUGGUUGUCAGGCGCCAAUCAAUGUAUAGGAUUGAUGGUUGGAUCAGGUAUCUUUGCAACACCAGGAAAAGUGGUAAAAUAUGCUGGAAGUCCUGCGAUGGCUCUUCUCGUCUGGGCGUUUGGUGGAAUGAUCAGUUUGUUUGGUGCAAUUUGGUCAAUGAUCUUUCUGAUUCGGCCUGCUGGAGAAGCUCUUGAUUCUACCAUCUUUGGUCAAUAUCUACUCUACCCAAUUUAUGGCUCUGUUGACCUUGUCCCACGAUGGCCAAAAGCUGCUUUGGCAGUUGGAAUGCUUUUGGCUGUAGGAAUAUCAGGUAUUGUGGUCGCUACUGGAGUGACUUCAGUUCCUUUAGCCAAAGAGAAUUGGCAAAGCUUUUUCAGUACUACUGGUGAUUCAAUUACACCUGGAUCUCUUGCUCUUGCACUCUUCAAAAUCUUUUGGGCUUUCGAUGGCUGGAACAAUCUCAACUAUUCGUUGGGUGAACUGAAGGAUCCAGUAAAGACUCUUCCGAGAGCGACCUCUUUUGGUGUAUCAACAGUGGUCAUCCUCUAUAUGCUGGCGAAUACGUCGUACCUGCUUGUACUUCCACAGGCUGAAAUGAUUGCCGCUGAAGAGCUCGUAGCUGGUGUAUUCUUCAAACGGAUUGCUGGUGACCUUGCUGGUGGAAUAGUCUUUCCCAUUUUGGUCGCCUUUUCUGGAUUUGGAGCUGUCUGUGCUAUGGUCUAUUCUGUAUCACGGGUUAUACAGGCUGGUGCUGUUGCUGGAAUUCUACCCUUUUCUUUCCUCUUCAAACGAGUCCAUCCAGUUACGAAAACACCCGUCAAUGCCUUGAUUUUGAACUGGGUUAUGGCUUGUAUCUUGAUCUUGGCACCACCUCCGGGAGCAGCUUACAACUUUUUGGUCGAUGCAUUAGGCUAUCCAACUUGGGCAUUUUAUGGUCUUUCGGUAGUUGGUUUGUUAAUGUUGAGGAAACGGGGAACGUAUUCUCGUCCUUUCAAAGCUUGGACCAUCAUGGCCUGGAUUUUCAUUUUAGUUUCUAUCUUCUUGUGUGUCUUCCCUUGGGUUCCAGCAGUCGAGCCGUACCCAUACUGGCUCCCACCCUUCGUUGGUGUGAUACUGACGUAA